AUUUUAUAAAACAUGAAUACAAUUAACAUCCUAAUUGAUUCAAUUCCUCCUCGCUUCCUAGAACGCGAAAAAUUUGUACCAGUGGUCAGUAUCGCGGCCGCUACUGUCAUCUUGCUCUCUUCCUACAAAUGGCUCUCAGCAAAUAAUGAUAAUAAGUUACAAAAAGGAGCUAAGGAAAUCCCUAUUUCUGGUUCUCGUUAUCCUUAUUUUGGUCAUAUGUUUUCCUUGGGAACUUCCCCCGGCGAAGUUAUUGCUGCAUGGCAUAGAGAACUUGGCCCACUAAUCAAACUUCAUAUGGGAAUUCAAACCUGGAUUAUGGUCGAUGAUCCUAUUUUGGCUCACAAAAUAUUUGUUUCGAAUGGAGCUGUGGCUUCAAACAGACCUUAUAUGACAUUCGCGCAUAAUCAUUACGCGCUCAAGGGAAAAGGUAUUGUCUUUAGUGCUCAUACCAAAAACUGGAAAGAUGCUAGAGAAGCAGUGCUAAGUAUCAUUGCACCCAAAGUAGUCGAUAAAAAUUACAUUAAACCUAUCCAAUCCGAAGCAGCUGCUUUAGUUGACCGGUUAAUAGAGUAUUCCGGGAAGGAUAAUGGCGUAGACCCUACUGUUCACUUGCAUUUAAACUCGCUGAAUACUGUCUGUCGCGCUGCUUUUGGUAAACAUUAUUCAUUUGAAGAUCCCGAAUUUAAAACAAUGUCACACGUCAUUGAAAGAACUGUGGUAAUGGGUGCCAUGGAGCAAGAUAUACCCAACUUCAUACCCAUCAUGACCGUUGUAGAUUAUUUUUCUGGAAAACAUGCGAAAAUGAAAAACUUUAUCAAUAACGAACGUAAUCCACUUUACCGCAAGUUAAUUGCUGAGGCCUUGGAAAGACCUGGUACAAACUUUGUAAAAUCUUUGGACAAAUUCAAUUUUACUGAAGAAGAAACAAUUGUUAUCACUUCCGACUUAAUCAAUGGUGGUACCGACACUGUUUCUGUUACACUCUCUUGGGCCUUUGUCAUUAUGUGCCACUAUCCUUUAGCCCAAAGAAAAGCUGCAGAUGAAAUUGAUGCAUUUAUCAAGUUAAAUGGUCGUCUUCCUGAAUUCUCAGAAAGAACACAACUUCCUUACUGUGUCUCUAUGAUGAAGGAGAACAUGCGCUUCAGACCUAUAGGUGCCUUUGGUAUACCUCAUAAAAUGGAUGCCGAUGUGUUGGUCGAUGGAUAUAUUAUCCCUAAGGGUGCUACGGUUGUCUCUAGUAUGGAAAGCAUGCAUCAAAAUCCUAACGUUUUCGCCGAACCAUUAAAAUACUAUCCCGAGCGAUUCAUGAACAAUCUCAAAACAAUGGAUGCAGCCGCCAAGGGUAAAAUCGAAGAACGUGAUCAUUUUAACUUUGGUUGGGGAAGACGUAUGUGCCCUGGUAUCUAUAUGGCUGAAGUAGAAUUAUUCACUUCAUUUAUUCAAGUAUUAUCCAAGUGUACGAUUGAACCUGUCAGAGACGCCAAUGGAAAAGAGCAGUUGCCGGACAUUGAUCAUCCUGUAACCGCUGGUUUGGUUCUUUUGCCCAUUCCUUACAAGGUCAAUUUUGUUGAACGAACCAAUUCUCUUAUUUAAAAGUUAGAAAUUGUUCCAAUUAUACACCCUCGUAUGACAAAGAGAUCGACCUUUACAUUAAUAAAAAAAACAGGCUGUUUUUAGAUGCUUAAUAAGUCUAUUAUUGUUACCUUUUAAAGUUUACAUCCAAUUAUAUGAUGUCUUUUUUUAUUUUGCAAAAAAUAAAUAUUAAAAA